GCAGACUUCGAGAAUUGGAGCGCGGCCGUGAUCCACUGCUGGGAUUUUUCUCGCGCGCAGCCCAUCCAGGCCCUUCCUACUAUGUCGUUCUGCCACGUCGACCUCGACCAUGACCGUCACGUCCACAUCGACUCUUGCCUCGAGCUCUAACCCGACCCUGGCUUUGCUGGACACAAAGCUAGGGUCGUCUUCACCUAGACGACGUUCCGCAUCCCUCUCUGAUGUAUCCAUCCUCACUCGAACUCAACACAACGGUACGGAGGACGAACCUGAGCCUCCAAAGCUGCAGGACGUGCCCAAGCCCUCAUCGUUUGGAGCCCUCCUGUCGCGAACACUGCCCAAGUAUACCGGCCCAUUCCAAGUUGGCGUCCGCGACCUCGAAGUACCGAUAUCUCGGCAGACGUUUGGCACCUUCAGACAUAAGCAUUUGCCCCACUCGGAUGCAGGCAUCACAGUGGACACCGUGCUGUUUACACUGUUCUAUCCGUGUCGAACACAAGAAAGGCCUAAACAUGUCGUUUGGUUUCCUAGACUUUCGCAGACGAUAGACGGAUUCUUGAAGAUGGCGAAGCGGACGCCCAAUGUCUGGUACCGCAUGGUGGCAUAUCCCGCCGCCGCCGCCAUCAUCCACGGAACUACCUUUCCAGCAAGCAAGGGCGCACCUCUCGCUACACCCCCAUCGUCUCCCCAGCAAUUUUCCUUUCAUCGAGACGGCAAGUGGCCGUUCAUGAUAUUCAGUCACGGAGUCGGCUGCUCCCGACUGAUGUACAGCGCCUUCUGCGGGGAGAUGGCGAGUCGAGGCUUCAUUGUCGCUGCGCUGGAGCAUCGAGACGGCACCAGCCCGAGUUCGACCAUCGCAACCGCAGACGGGAGGACCACUACUUUAGACUGGUUACAGUGGAGUGAUCUUCAUUGGCCGGAGCUGUCAGAACAGCCUAAAGACGACAGUAUACUUCGACGUGAACAAGUCAAGUGCCGCGUCGCUGAAAUAGAGGCCGUCAUAGACACCGUGCAGCGGAUUUCUAAAGGAGAGGCGCCGAGCUGUUUAUUGGAGCUCAAGGACGACAUAGACUGGUCAACCUGGCAGUGUGUCGAUGCAAGGAGCCCUGUUCUUACAGGCCAUUCCCUGGGUGGCGGUGCAGCGCUUGCCGUGUCUGCCAAGAAUUCGUAUGAUUAUCGAGCGGUGAUAGCAUUCGAUCCUGCCGUCCGACGAUUGAUCCCUUGGAACUCCUCCCUUCCCCACCCGAUCCUCGUUGUCAACUCCGAAGAAGUCAUGGUCCAACCCGAGUUCAAAGAUCUCUUCGCCCAGUUUGCGCAUACGGCGACCGCAGGGUUGCAAGUGUACAUGAUCGGCGGGUCGACUCACCCGUCGUUCUCGGACGUCUUCCUCAUCCUGCCGCAUGCCAUCAAUAAGAUCACGGGCCUCGGCUGCCCUGCGCGUGCCGUCAUCGACAAGAUCGUACACGCGACGGAAGAGUUCCUCACUGGCAAAGGUGGCGCGGGCGGGCAGGUCAGUUAUGACGAGGUGUACCGCGACGAGGAAGACAUGAAGUGGAAGAUGGCGAUCAAGGGAAGGAAGAGAUUCUUCAGGAGGAGUUCCGCUGAGAAGCAGGAGGGCGGGAAUAUGUACAAGGCUACGGGUAAGCCAGGGGAGCUGGCGCUGUAUCGGUUUUAGCGACAUUUUUCACAAGCUGGGACUUGUACGGGCCGGAUGAUGAUACCUCUUGUACUAUGUGUAUCUUGCACGUACCGCUAUCCUUUAUGUGUCAUCUAGAUUUUCAUGGUAUUCUUCAACGUCGCAAAGGUGCAGCCUCGGCGACGACGUCUGCUCUAAACAGAGAUGUGCUUUAUUCUUC